AUGAAGUUCAUCAACAGCCUCUUUGCUUUAGGCAGUCUCGCCUCUGUCUCGGCACAAACCUGCAAUUCCGACAACUGUCUUCGUGCUCUUCGUGCUGCAGACCGUAUUGUGGAGGCAAGAGCUUUCUGUGGUACAUUCACGGCUGCUCCUAAUGCCACUCUUCCUCUUCCUACGUUUGCAGCAGCAGCAUGUACUGGAAAUGCUGCCAGUCGUGUGAGCAGUGCCUGCAGUUGCAUUGCAAUAUCCACAACUUCGUCGACACCUUCCCCAACUUCUGCUUGUGAUCCAAACGCAAGCUACCCAGCUAUUCCACUACCCACCGGUGCCUUUGAUCUCGUUGGGUUUGGUAAAAGCAACCCAUAUGGAGCUGUCAAUGGAGGAGAAGGUGGACCCACCACUACCAUCAGUGCUGGAGCCACAGGUGCCAAUGCCGCAUUGGUCGCGGCUGCAACGGGCUCAAACAAGUUGACUAUUAUUGUUGAAGGAGAAUUCAACCUUCCAGCACGUCUCCGAGUUGGUUCUAACAAGUCUAUCAUUGGUGGCCGCAAUGGAACUAUUGGGACAAAUGGAAUCACGAUGAUCAACGCCGAUAACAUCAUUCUCCAAAACAUGAGAAUUACCGGUGUUUUCGACAACGAUUGUUUGACUAUCCAGAACACAACUCGGGUGUGGAUCGAUCACAAUGAUCUCUCUUCAAACCCCAACAUCAUCAAAAAUGGUCCAGAUCUCUACGAUGGUCUUAUGGACAUUAUUCGUGCAUCAGAUUGGAUUACCGUCUCUUGGAACUACCUCCACGAUCACUACAAAGCAUCUCUGGUUGGUAACAACGAUCAAUUCCGAGACAUCGAUUUCGGUCACUUCCACAUCACAUACCACCACAACUACUGGAAGAAUCUCGGUACUCGUGGAAAUGCUGGUCGAUUCGGAACACAACAUUUGUACAACAACUACUACAAGGACUUCCGCUUCCAGGCCAUCCACUCACGAUCCGACAACCAGGUACUCGUUGAGGGCAACGUCUUCACUGGCGAUACCCGUGAGGCUUUGAGCACAUAUGGACUUGUCAUUCCUGAGGAUUCGCCAAACACCUCUCCACUUGGUGACUACGAGAUUGAUGGAUAUGCCAAUCUCGGUGCUCCUAAUGACUUUGGUGGAUCUGGUGUCAACAUCACCCAGGUUGGAAACUUCACUACCGCACCAUACAGUUACACCUUGACUCCGCUCGUGGAUGUUCCUGCUUUGGUUGUCAGAUAUUCUGGCUUGAACAAGCUAUAA